UUUUCGCAACACAAGGGAUCAACAUAUCAUAGGAGCGGCACUGCGUUCAUUUCAUAAUCAGUCAUGUCAAAUGUCUUUUCUAAUUGUCUUUGUAACAGAUUAUUAGGUUGAUCAAGUAAACUCAGGAAGGAAUUCUGCUAUAUAGCCAGCAGCACAUUUGACUAGGACUGAAUACUCAAAUGAUAUCUUGUCUAGCAGGUUUUGCGUGUGUGACAACGUCGUCUGAGAAAGAAAUAACCCAAUAGAGUAUCAUUCUUGGUGCUCAGUGUGUAGCAAAAUGUUGCCUGUGAGAGCUUUCAACCAGCGUAAAGUUAUCAAAUAUUCGUUUUAUGUACUGACUGUAUGUGUUUUUUUUUAUUUUGUCAUAUGUUUGGGAACUUAUUACGUGGACUCUGAUAAGUUAUUACCUGCAGGGCCUCCAAAACCAGACCCAAGCAAUGAUAUAAUCAAGAGAGAUUUACCCCCAGAUAUUGAACUUCCCCAGGUCAUUGACCAAGAGCCGCGUCAGAAAGAGGAGGUGGAGGUGAGUACACAGGGUCGUGUGAACAUGCAUGUUUUUGAAGACUGUUGUGGUGCAUCUCUGAAUAAUCUUAGAAGUAACCUACUAUAUCCAUUAUUUCCCAAUGUACGCACUACAGUAAGUAGACUGGCUAUUUCACCACAAUGGCAAAAUUACGGACUGAGGUUAUUUGGCUAUAUUCACCCCAAGGAAACCGGUGAAUAUAUUUUUGCUGUCGGCUCUGACGAUAAUUCUGAGUUCUGGCUCAGUUUAAACGAAAGUCCCCAAAACCUUCAACUUCUUGCCUAUGUUGGUGAGAAUGGAAAUGAAUGGACUGCUCCAGGCGAGUACUGGAAAUUUGCAUCACAGAUAUCCAAACCUGUCUUGUUGGUAAAAGAUAUGAAGUAUUUCUUUGAAGCCAUUUUGAAACAAAGUGAAGGGAUGGAUCAUCUUGAAAUAGCGUGGCGGCUAAACCAUGACAGCAGCAUUUUUCAAGUGAUAACAUCUGAGUUUUUAUCAGAAUAUGAAGAUGAAUCGACUCUAAAAAUGGGAGACAUUGAUCACGUACCUCAAACAGAAGCCAGUUCUGAUAAAUUUCUUGAGCCGAUUCCCAUACUGCCCCAUCCUGGAGGAGACAUGGUUAGAAAAGAUCCCAGAGAUUAUAUUUUCAAAAUUCCAAUGAUGGAAGAAUCUUACAUGAAAGGCUUGUUUCCUGAAUGCCAUUAUAAACCGAGUUACAUAAUCGGUACAAGAAUUGAACGAUAUCAAGGUGUCAAUUUGAUUCACCUUUCAUCAGUAUACCCAAAUGACUACACAAGGCAAACUUACGAUCAUGAUGACCAGAUAUGCUUCUACAAACAGGAUCCAUCUUUUCAGGAAAAUCUAGGGUUUGCUCCUUAUCUGAGCGAGGUACAGGAUCCUGAAGUACAUGUAAACAAAAAUGGCGGUCCUAAUUGGCAACGUGUCUAUGAGGUGAAACCCUUCAAUGCUGCUUCAAAGCAAAGCACAGUUGUGGCCAAUUCAUGCAAAACAGCUGGAAACAUUAUCAUGGCCCAAAAUGAAGUCAUGCCCAUUGUUAAUGGUUUCAUGAAAGCAUUGCAAUCCAAGGAAGAAACACGUGGCUUUUCUCUGUUGCGCGUGCUGAAUGUAGUAAGACGUCAAGACAAUGGUGUAGGCAGCCGUUAUCUGGUGGAACUGGAACUUGUGGGGCCACAGGGUCAGAAGGUUCUUGCUUCACGUUACGUUUACACAACACAAACGGAAAUGACUCAGGAACCCGUUCUCUGCAGUCCUAAAGAUUUCAACUGGAACCCUUCUGCUACCGUUCAUAUAAUUGUGGCAGUAAAAAAUCAAGCCAGAUGGGUCAUUCAGUUUAUCAGGGAAAUGGAAAAAGUGUACAGAGCAACUGGAGAUAAGAACUUUAACGUGAUCAUUAUCGACUAUAAUAGCAAUGACAUUGAUAUUGAGAAAAUACUCAAGAAAUCAAAGUUACCAAGUUACAUCUUCAAGAACAUGGAAGGGAAUUUUCAAAGGUCUGGAGGCCUUCAAGCUGGAAUAGAUCUUGUUAAGGAUCCACACAGUAUUGUGUUCCUGUGUGACCUGCACCUCUACUAUCCUGUGCAUGUAAUAGACAGUAUACGCAAACACACUAUAGAAGGAAAGAUGGUCUAUGCGCCUGUUGUGAUGAGGCUAAAUUGCGGCGCUUCUACAAGAGCCCCAACUGGUUUUUGGGAAAGUGCUGGUUACGGACUAAUGGGACUCUACAAAUCGGAUAUAGACCGCAUUGGUGGAAUGAACACAGAGGAAUUCAAAGACAAAUGGGGUGGUGAAGACUGGGAAUUGCUUGACAGGGUCUUAGGAAAUGGAUUAGAGGUAGAGCGGCUCCACCUGAGAAAUUUUUUACAUCAUUAUCACUCCAAACGUGGAAUGUGGCAGGAAAACACAACAUAACAGACAAACUCUGCCUUUAAGCUGUUAUUACAGUUUCCUCUUCAUAAAGAAUGAAUGUGUCAGUGGCCUGUGAAGGAAGUUGCUGUAUGACUGAACUUUGAAUGAAGUUGUUAUUUUAUAGGGAAUUUGUUAACUAAAUUGAAUGUGAUAAAAAUGAUGUAUUUAAAAUGUAUUUGGCAAUUAUGUACAUUCUGUUCUCUCCUCUUGCACAUUUGUGGUUAAAAUACUCUGUACAUACUGUGUUUGCAACUUUGCAUAUGUACAUGUAGCUACAAAAUAUAUUUUUGAAGUAUUUUGUUGUGUAUGGGAUUAAUAUUUUUUUUAUUACUGAAAUGAAUACAUUGUACAAUGUAUAAUUCUUUUAAACAUAAUAAAGUAUAUCUCAUGCAUUUUUUUGUAAAAAAUGUAAUGAGUGAAUGUU